UUUAGUUCCUUCAUCUCUUUCUUUCACGCAUCACGUUAUUGUGAGAGUUCGAUUACGAGAGAAACCACGUAUAUUUCUUAGAAUUUACGGAUUACGAUGUUAUAAUGAAACAAUACGAGCUAACGUUGAGUGAUCUACCAACGUAAACUGCUUCCUGGAUAUCACUCUUCUACCAAACGUUGGCGAAGGUUAGAAGUCACACCUGUUGCGGCACAAUUUGAAUCUACAGGAAGACAAAUUAUAUUUUUUAUACAAUACUUGUAGCCAAAUCAGCUGCAAUAAUCUUCUCAAAAGAUAUUGGUACAUUCCUAUAUACAUAUAAGUGUAUAUACACAUGAACAUAUAUUUUUAAACAUAUACUGAUUAUUACAUUUAUAUAUUACGAAUACAUAUAUAUAUAUAUACGUCCUAAGUAAAAAAAUAUAGAGCAAUUAUGUUGGAAAGUGAGGUAUUAAAAUCACCGGAUAACGAUGGCAGAGAAAAUAAGGGAAUAGACAAUUCUCGCAACUUAAAAUCUGAACGUGAUAUGAUUACAGGGAGUGCAUCUGACAAAAAAUUUGUUUACUUGAAACAUCAAGUUGAAUUUCCUGGGACAUUCUAUUCAUUAGUCCCACAUGGUCGCAAAAAUUUUCGACACCAAAUUAAUAGAUCCUUGAAUUUUGGCAUUAAUCCUUCAAGAAGAGGUAAUUUAAGUCGUCUAUCACCAAAUGUAAGUAUGGACAACGGUCGCUCCAGUAUAAACAAGUCACCGCGAGAUUUAUCCAGAUCAGCUCAAAUCAUGAGAGCACUCAGCAAGAAUCAUGAUUCGUUUCGCUAUACAAAUGAAAGUAUAAAAAGGACAUUGACAUUUGAUUCAAGUCCUAGUCCUAGUAAGAAAAGCAACAGUUCCGAGGAGAGCACUAGUGUUGAUUCAAUAGUUAACACACCAUUACAUACACCGGAUAAAUUUGUGGGGCCCAAUAGAAAUUCGACUGAUACUUCUACUAGUAGUGGACCGACCGAAUCUUCUGAAUCGAUUGAUGAAAAUCAAAAUCGAACUCCACAGCAAAAUCGAUUAGUUUCCAAGGUACUGAUUGGUUCUUCCGAUACUAAAAGCAACAAAUCAGGAUCACCCAGUUCUACAUCCAUGCUUCGAAGUAACUUGAGGGAAAAGAUUAAUAAGAUUACGUGUAACACAAGUGUACCACACGUGCGAACACAAGAAUUACAAUGUUUUAAAAGAGGCGACAGACUGAGAGUAUCUAGCUGUGAUAUAGCUGCGAGCACACCUAGGAAUUUGUUUAAGGAAUUUAAUCAAGACGAAGAGGACAGCUCGCAUACACCCAUAAAUACGAUGCGGUUCAUUCCAGAGAGCAUGAGUAGUAUCAAAAAGAGCCAUAAAAAGGAGAGAGCGCAUAGUCUAGGAGGAAAAGAUUGGCAAGUAGAUGAUUCUGUAAAGAGUCAAAGCUCGUGUGCGAAAAGACCGGUGGAAUCCUUAGAAGCAAACGAUAUACUUACAAGUAGUAGUUCUUGCAUGGUUACUGUAAAAGAUUCUCCGAAGAAGAUUAGAAAUGUCAAGAAGGCGCUCGUAUAUGAUUUGGACGACGAACUUUCAGACAAAGAAUCCAUUUCUGAUUAUGCCGAGCAAGGAGUUGUGCCGAAGAAUAUCGAUUCGAGCGAUAGUAUGAUAUACGAAGAAAAUAAACAAGAUAUUGAUGAUACAUUACCAUCAACGUCAUCAACAUCGAAUCAUAACAAUAAAGAAAACGAUUCCUAUUCGCAAAAGGCAUCAUCAAAUAAUAUCGAUUUAGCAGAACAUGAAAAUAAAGAGAUAUCUCUGGAACCUAAUUCAGCUGUUUCUAAAGACUCAAAGUAUAGUCGCUUAAUGCAUCGCAUAAAAUUCUCAAUAAAUGAUCCAAUAACGUUGAGAUCUGAUGAAGAUGAAGCAUGGGAUGAUUGUGAAAUAUGGAGAAAACGUUUUGAAAUAAUAACAGCAACACCUGUUAGAAAUAUCAAAAUGUCAGAUGUUCAAGAUACUACGGAAAAGUUAAAUACGACACAGAAUAAUGAUAUGAUUCAUCCGAGAAAUGAACGGCCGAUCACACCUGAAAACAUAAAUUCAAGUAGACUCUUAUUGUCUCAAUUUACAUCAGUUAAAAAGUCACAUAAAGAAGACAAGAGAAAGUAUAAAAGUCUUUUCGGCAUUCCGAUAUGCGACGCCGAGGAUAAAGAAACCUUUAGGAAAGUUCUUAAUUUGUUGGCGGAUGAUCUAUUCACAGAAGUAAACAGCGAAAAAUCUAGAAACGCCUCGUUUCCUGUAAGAUUAUCUCCCGAUAAAUCGAAGAAGAAAAAAAGAUUUAUGAGCAGGUCCUUGCUAAGUAACGAGCCUGAUGAUUUGCCGCAGUUAGCCGAACCGUUACUUACGGGAUGUGAAAAUAUAGGUGAUGAACCUAACACUUAUAUUAGAAACAGGGUUUCGUCAAUUUUGCUCUCUCUCAAGAAUCAUAUGCGUAGAGGCAAAGCGUCAUCAGGGGAAAUUUCAGACAAUGAACCGGUAAAAGCUGCAGAUGCUACAGAUGAGAAUGGAAGGUUAACUCCGAUUAAUAUGUCGACGGCAGAACUGCUUUGCAAUAAGGACUCUAUUAAGAAGUCGCACAAGAAAGACAAGCACGAUGCUAGCCUACGCAAGAGACGAAUUCCAAGGAAGAAUUUAUCCGAAGACGGCAAGGAAACUGCGGACAUGAAUUUCGCCGAUUAUACGAAGACGCCGGAAAACUAUACAACUCCGUCCUUAAAGCUAAAUCCAAACGAUGAUAGUCUUUGUGACAAAACAGAAGCGUGCAGUAGUAUGCGUAAUGAGAACAACAAGAAGAACAACGAGAACAACAUUUAUGAUCCACAGCCGUCUACGAGCCGAGGAAACAUUAUCGAAAGUAAAGAAGAUACGAAAAAACUGAAACCUCUAAGUACAACGCCUCCAAACAGUUUGAAUACGCUGAAACUCAUGAAACUCCUACACACAACUUCCAUUAAGAAGUCUCAUAAAAAAGAGCGCCAUCUUAAGAAACAGAGUAAAUAUAUUUUGAUGAAUAAGGAACACGACUUAUCCGACGAUGGAUCGAUAUUCGACGAAGAGGAUAUAUUAACGAGUGGUGAAAGUUUCAGCCUGUUCCCAAAUAAUAAAAAUUAAAUAACACGGGUGAGUCAAAUAGGAUCUGCUGGAUGAUGUCACGUUGAUAAAUCAUACAAAAUGAUUGUAAUACAAAUGAACAAAAUUAUCUUUUCACGUUAAGUGAAUACAAAUAUCGACUAUAGGUAUUAUAUUUACCUUUUAUUUUGCUUAUAUAUUUAGUAGAUUACAAGAAUACAUUACUUUGAAAUAAAUAUAAUUUACUUAGUUAUUUCAAACUUGACGUAAAUUUAAAUCAGAAUAUUGAUCACGUAACUUCUCCUCUAGAGCAUAAAACGUGGGAAUUGAAAUGUUUUCAAAUAAGAAAAUUUACUUUUUACGAAUUCACGCUAGAAAGAAAGAUACACGAUCAACCCCAAAGGGUCGUAAAUCUUCUUCUCUACCGUGAAUUCGUGAAAAGUAUAAAUUUUCUAAUUUGAAAAAAUUUCAUGUUUCCGUCUUAGGGAAAAAGUUACGCGAUCGAUAUCCAGAGUGCGUAAUUAAUGUACAAACAAGUACUAAGCAACAAUAAAAGUAACUAGGUUUUCUCAGUUCUUUUUCAGAAAAGAACGAUCUGCAAGAAUUCCUAAUCGUAAUGUUGCAAUAUUUUUCGAUUAAUACAAUACUGUCAAUAUGUAUAAUUUUGAAUAAUUGAUUGUCAGUAUAGAGAAUAUCGUUAAAAGCAGUACUUUUCAAAGACAUAUUAAAUUUCUUACGUAGAUUCUCAGUGUAAUUGAGACACAUUGUUUAUUUUUUACUAGCAUUGUUUAUACAAUGUUAUAAGUAGACUUAACUUUUUCGUAGACAUAUAGUUUUUUUUUAUUUCCAACUGUUUUUUUUUUUUUUAACAAUAGCUUUAUUUCUGCAAUUAAAAUGUUACACUUAGAUUCUGUGUAACAUCAGUUUCUGUAGAUUUUAUUCAUAUAUUAUCAUAUAUCGUUACAUUUUUGUAUAUAAUUUAUAGAAAAUACGAAUAUCAUAACUUACUGCCCGUUUUUACUAAAUGAUUAAGUACUACAUAAACAUGUAUCAUUGAUUUAAUAAUUAUUUCAACAUUCUAAAUAAAAGGAAAGUUUACUUAUGUAUACUGUUAAAAUUAAAGACCACUUGACUGUGGAAAUAAAAUGUAACAAGAAAGAUGGAAGAGAUGGUAGAUUAAAAAAAAACUUAGUAAAAAUAAUCUGUCUAUCCUUGUGAUAUUGUAUAUAAAAGACAAACACAAAUACAUACUUUUUAUCGAUUA